AUGUUCUCAUUAUUUGGAUUCUUAAAGUCAUUGUUACUCUUUACAAAUGCUUUAGCAAUCUUGAAUGAAAGAUUCUUAAAUAAAAUUGGAUGGAGUGUAAGAAAUGAUCAACCAAUGGACUAUGACUCUUUCAAAUACAAAUGUGUUACCCUUUUAUACAACUUGCGAUUCUUUUUCAGAUUACCAUUGGUUUGUUUUAAUAGUAUAGUUAUUGUAUUCUUACUCAUAUUUGGUUAA